AAUGUCAUCUCAACUGGGCAACGCAGUAGGAAUCCCCAAGCGGAAAAACCGGCGGGAGAGGCUGCCAGACACGGCGACUUCCGUCCACAAUCUCCUUUGCGUGCCUAUAAAUGUUUGCGCCUCUGCAGAGAGAAUAGUGUCUGAACAUUCGUAAAACGCUCACGAUGGCUUCAAAGAUCGUAUUGAGCGGCUUGCUGGUUCUCUCUGCGUUGUGUCUUAUUGAGGCUCAACAGAAAAAGGACUCAGUGGAAGUUCGCCCUCCGCCUCCUGUCAUCAAGAUUCCGCCACCGCCUCCCCCACCAAAGACUCGGGUGAACAUCGAAGGCGGCGGAAGUCCAGGCAACUACCGCGUGAACGGGAGAAUCGAGCACGACAUCAUCCGUAUGCCCGGGGCCACCAUCACAGGCUGGGGAGAGGGCUCGCAAUCACAUGGUUCCAGCCACGGGUCCUCCUCUCACGGCCAGGUCGGCGUUGGAAUCAGAAUUCCGAUCGGAGGGCGACGUCACAGGAACGACACCAAAUAA